CCGGGAAGCCUGAGAACCUGCAGCCUCCUCAAACAUGAGUCCAUCUGAUCCACAAGUUUCACUCAGCAAAACUGUUCAAGCUGCUUCUUUCGGAUUGCACUGUUUUUUCUUGUCACACAAGUGAAGCAGUCUUGGGAAGUAAUGGAAUUAAUUUCUCACCGGAGUCGCUCUUUGAGGGAAGGCUGACCAACUUAACGGAUGAGCCGAAGCGGGGACGCCUUCAGACACCACAGCUCCACAUGAUGGAUGAAACAUCGCCUACAACCGGGAAUACAAAUAACUGCAAGGCUCUUUAAGAAGGUGACUAGAGACUUGCGAGAUUGGCAGAACCUAUUAAGAAGAAGGCAUAUCCAGGCACCGCUACUUCCAAGAAUGAGGAUCAAAUACACAAUAUCCAUCGUCUUUUUUGUGACACUUGUUAUCAUUGAGAAGGAAAACAACAUUAUCUCAAGGGUGUCAGAUAAGCUCACCUUAAAGCAGACCCCCCAGACCCCUCUACAGCCCAGUGGUUUCUUCCACAUACUGCAGAAGCACAAUGGUUCCUUAACCUCACUCAGCAAGAUAGACUCUGCCUUCACGUUGAUGAAGCGGCGGCUGGAGAACUACAGCGAGCACCAGGGGUUGUUGAGGAGGGGCAGGAAACACAUCCUCCUGUUAGCCACCACCAGGACGGGCUCCUCGUUUGUGGGCGAGUUUUUCAACCAGAAGGGUGACAACAUGUUUUACCUGUUUGAGCCGCUGUGGCAUGUGGAGAAGAUGUUGACGCUCGAGACCGGUGGUACCAACGCCACAGUGGCAGCCAAGGCGUACCGUGACGUGCUCCGGCAGCUCUUCCUGUGUGACUUCUCCCUACUGGAGAGCUUCAUCGAACCCCCCCCUGUGGAUCACAUCACUACCGCCCUCUUCCGCAGGGAGUCCAGCAGCUCUCUGUGUGAGGAGUCAGUCUGCAGCCCCUCUAUCAAAGGGGUCUUUGAGCGUUAUCACUGCAGGACCAGACGCUGUGGGCCCCUGAACCUGACCAUGGCGUCUGAGUCCUGCCUCCAAAAGGAUCACAGGGCCAUCAAGUCAGUGAGGGUGCGCCAGCUGGAGACUCUCCGUCCUCUGGCUGAGGACCCACGCCUUGACAUAAAGUUCAUUCAGCUAGUCCGGGAUCCUAGGGCUGUACUAGCCUCACGCAUGGUGGCUUUUGAAGCUAAGUACAAGAACUGGAAGCAGUGGGCUAUGGAUGGGGAUGUGCCCAUUGAUGAUGAUGAAGUAAGAAAGUUGAAAGGGAAUUGCGACAACAUAAGGAUGUCCGCAGAGAUCGGCCUCAGACAGCCGCCGUGGCUGCGCAGGCGUUACAUGCUGGUGAGGUAUGAAGACAUUGCUCGGUUCCCCAUGAAGAAGGCAGCAGAGAUGUACAGGUUUACUGGAAUCCCGUUCCCUCCACAAGUGAAAUCCUGGAUCUUGAGGAACAUCCAGGCCUCUAAGGAGACCAGCGGUGUUUACUCCACACAGAAAAAUUCAUCAGAACAAGUAGAGAAAUGGAGGUUCAAUUUACCAUUCAAAAUAGCCCAGGUUGUACAGAAAGUUUGUGGGCCAACACUGAAGCUUUUUGGAUAUAAAUCGGUAAGCAGUGAAGAAAUGCUUACAGACAAGUCUAUUAGUUUGAUUGAGGACAAAGUGUUCAACUUUUUAUAGAGUUUUACGGACAUGAACUCUGAACCUUGAUGCAGGAAAACACCCUUUCGAAAAACUCUGGAAUCACUGAUAUUUAUUAGGGUUGUUUAUCCUGAUACUGAGAACUAUAUAUUUUCUGAUAGUGUGCUAUUUAAAGUUUUUUACUAUUUAAAAUAGAUUGAUGAAGAAAAUGUAUUGUUGAGUGGAAAAUACAUAUAAAGCAAUAAGUUUUUCUUAAACUUCAAUAAGUAUUGAAGCCAGGGUGUUUGAAACAUUAUUAAAACUUUAUAUAUGGAUAUAGCAUGGUGAGAAUAGCUAUCUUUGUUUUUGCACUUCCGACUGUUUUCUCUGUUUAAUGCAAACUGUAUCGUUGGCUUGUCCUGCAAGCCUGUUCAAAUAUAUUUCCUUAGCAAAUAUAGGAAAGUCCUGAUGGAUUUUGUAAACAAUAAUGAGCUGUUUCAAACACUUCCAGGAACUUCUGCUAGUUAUUUUUGUCCAGCAACUUCUGAGCUAGCGACAUAAGCUGCUUUUACACCAAAGAAACUUGAAACGAAAUGUUCAUGCAUAGCCAAAAAGAGAAAAAAAUCAAUUGCUUUGUAUAGCAAUGCUUGGAGGAAAUAGCAAUGUUUUGCCAUGUGAAUUCUAUGUAUGAGAUUCAGAUUGAGUCUUGAUCCUUUAGAAGUAAUGUAUGGUUAUUUAUUUCUUCGCUUUGCUAAAAGUCAUAACUCCAGCUCUGAAUGUGCUCCAGAGGUUCUCUCCCCCUGUGUAAGGGUACUUUUCUUGCACACGUAUUGCCUACUGUAGUUUGCUGUACAUGCAUGUUUGUAAUUGGCCAAAAGUUGUUUGAAGUUGUCCGCAGGACUGUAAGGACCCAUUCUGUAAAAACAUAUGUUUACACUGCCACUGUAUGCAAACAUUCCAACUGCAGCUGGUUUGCAGGAUAGUGUAAGGUUGGUCGGCAGGUCUCUGUCUGUUGACACAAGUCUCUUGGCUGGUGAUAAAAAGAGGCCCUGAUACUUUGGCAUGCCAAGCUGUUAGCUGAUGUUCCAAUCUGUUCCUUUUGCAUUUUGUUUUGUGACAAUAAACCUUAUUUUACAUAAA